ACUAGAAGUUAUAACCUUUUGGGCUAUAUAAGGAGAGGUUCUACUAUGAAACAGAAGUAGGUUUUCUUUCGGACUUCAAUCCUCUUUCAGAAGACAAGGAGAAAGGAAAGAAAGAUCAUGGAGGGUAAGGUGGGUUUGACCGUAGUUGACGCUGUAGAUUACAAGGGUUUACCUGCUGAUAGGGCGAAAACUGGUGGUUGGGUGCCUGCUUCCCUCAUCCUAGGAAUCGAAAUAUGCGAGAGGCUUUCCACUAUGGGAAUUGCAGUAAACCUGGUGACAUACUUGGGUGGAACCAUGCAUCUGUCCAGCUCAGCUUCAGCCAAUGUCGUCACGGAUUUUAUGGGCACUUCUUUCCUAUUGUGCCUUCUUGGUGGCUUUUUAGCUGACACUUUUCUUGGAAGAUACAAAACUAUUGUCAUUUUUGCCUCUAUUCAAACUCUUGGUACGUGUGCGUUGGCAUUGUCGACCAAGCUGCCACAGCUCAGGCCACCACCAUGCCACUCUUUUGAAAACUGCAAACAAGCAAGUGGUUUACAAAUGGGGAUCUUGUAUCUUGCUUUGUAUCUUAUAGCCGUUGGAACGGGUGGUCUGAAAUCAAGUGUUUCGGGAUUUGGAACAGACCAGUUUGACGAAAAGAAUGAAGAGGAAAAGAUCCAAAUGGCAUAUUUCUUUAAUAGGUUUUUCUUCUUUAUAAGUUUGGGAACGUUAAUGGCAGUUACAGUGCUCGUGUACAUACAAGAUGAAGUUGGUAGAAGUUGGGCUUACGGAAUUUGUUCAGUCUCAAUGUUCACUGCAAUUUUGGUGAUCUUGUCUGGGACUAAAAGGUAUCGAUACAAAAAAAGUGCAGGAAGUCCUAUUGUUCAGAUUUUCCAAGUGAUUGUUGCUGCUAUAAAGAAGAGAAAGAUGGAUCUUCCUUAUGAUUCAGGCUUGUUAUACGAAAAUUCGCCUGAGGUUUCAAGAAUCCAUCACACGAAUCAGUUUCGUUGCUUAGACAAGGCAGCAAUAGUAGCAGAAGGUGACUUUGAGAAAAAUUCUUCGAGUUCUUGGAAUCCAUGGAAGCUAUGUACGGUGACAAGGGUGGAGGAAGUGAAGAUGAUGGUGAGGUUACUGCCAAUAUGGGCGACAACGAUUCUUUUUUGGACUACUUAUGCCCAAAUGAUUACCUUCUCCGUCGAGCAAGCUGCCACCAUGAGAAGAACUGUCGGAGGUUUCCAAAUCCCUGCCGGAUCCCUCACUGUCUUCUUCGUCGCUGCAAUCUUGCUCAGCUGCGCGGUGUACGAUUCUCUGAUUAUCCCAAUUUGGAAGAAAUGGAAAGGAACACCGGGGUUCACUGAUUUACAAAGAAUUGGAUUAGGUCUUGCCCUCUCAGCGCUAGGAAUGGCGGCAGCGUCGUUGGGCGAGGUGAAAAGAUUAUCUGUGGCGAGGGGGCACCCCAUUCAGACGACGGAGCCUCUUCCUAUCAGCGUCUUCAUCCUGAUCCCACAGUUCUUCUUCGUUGGGUCCGGUUUUUUCUUGAGCAGUCUCUUGGUGACUGUGGUGAAGAAUGUCACCGGAAACAAUGGUGAAGGUGGGUGGCUCGCCAACAACAUUAACAAUGGAAGGCUUGAUCUCUUCUAUGGAUUAGUGGCGGCUUUGAGCGGCUUAAAUUUUGCAAUUUAUCUUGUAUGUGCAGCUUGGUACAAGAAAGACAAGGGUAAAUCGUCAGAUGUGGUUGAAAUGGAGAAGUGUUGA